ACAGGGGACGGUACUCUCAAGUACAGUCCUUGUGGCUUGUGGGGGAAAAAAACACUGAAAUCACAAUGAGCAAUAUUUAUAUACAAGAACCUCCUACACAUGGGAAGGCUCUGCUGAAAACUACAGUUGGGGACAUCGACAUUGAGCUUUGGUCAAAAGAGGCACCUAAAGCUUGUAGAAACUUUGUUCAACUGUGCCUUGAAGGUUACUAUGACAACACCAUAUUUCAUCGAGUGGUACCAAAUUUUAUUGUUCAAGGAGGUGACCCAACAGAAACUGGAGAAGGAGGAGAAUCUGUGUAUGGAGCACCUUUUAAAGAUGAAUUUCACUCUAGGCUGCGUUUUGUGCGACGCGGACUGGUUGCUAUGGCUAACAGUGGCCCAAAUGACAAUGGCAGUCAGUUUUUCUUCACCAUGAAAGAUACACCAGAACUGCAGAACAAGCAUACUAUUUUUGGCAAAGUUGUGGGUGACACUUUAUUCAACAUGCUAAAACUACAGGAGGUGGAAGUCGGAGCCAAUGAGCGACCUUUAGAGCCACACAAAAUUCUUCAUACAGAGAUAUUGUUCAAUCCAUUUGAUGACAUAAUACCUCGGCAACUAAAGCGUGGCAAGAAAGAUAAGGAAGAUGAGAAGAAAAUAAAGAGUAAAUCCAGGGCUACAAAAAACUUCUGCCUUCUGUCAUUUGGUGAAGAGGCACAGGAGGAUGAAGAGCAGGUGGACAAAGCUACAGAAUCAUUUCGUGGAAAAAGCAAAAGCAGCCAUGACCUUACAGAUGAUCCACGACUAAGUUCAGUCCCUGCUGUCGAAAGAGAGGUAUCUGAGGAAAAGAAAAAGUUGGAGGUCCAGGUAGAAGAAGUGAAGAAGAAAGCAGAACCUUUAGAAGAAGACCCAAAAUUAAAUAAAUCAGAAACAGAAGACAAAAAGAAGAGAACAGAGCAGCCAGAAGAAGAAAUAAAGAAAAAAACAGAGACUGGAGAGGACAACAAAAAGAAAAAAGAAGAUCCUGUAGAAGAUGAGAGAAAGAAGAGGCGGUCAGACACAAAUGAAAAUGAUGCAAAAAAGAAGAAAUCAGAAACUGCUGGACCAGAGGCUGAAAAUGAUGGAGCAAAGAAAAAAAAAGCAGAUGCAGAAGAAGAGAAGAAAAAAGUGAAGGUUGAAGACAAAGAAGACAGAACAAAGAAGAGAAAGCCUGAACAGCAGCAGGAAGUGGCAGAUGACAGUAAAAAAAGAAAGAAGACAGACGAGAUAAGUGAUGAUAAAAAGCGUAAAAGGAAAGAAGAUGCUGUGGAGGAAGAUCGAAGGAAGCGGAAAACUGAAGAACAAGACCAAGAUAGUCGAAGGAAGAGGAAACCAGAGGAAGAGAAAGAGGAAGGAAAGAAGAAAAAGAAACCUGAAGAAGAAGCAGAGGCUGGAUCACGACCUUCAGAGGAUCAGCGCAGCAUCAAGGAAGAUGUACGAAAGAAGCUGAAGAAAGAAAGGGAAGACUCACCCAAAGCAAAAGAAACAAAACCAGUCACAGAAUCGCAAGAAGAUUCUAAGAAGAGCUCCAGUGCUCGCAUGGAAGAGUUAAAAAAAGAAGCCAGAAAACUCCAAAAAGACAUAAAGGAAUCGAAAAAGAGAAUCGAAGAUAAGGAAGAGACAAAAGUGCCUAAACCGGAGGAUUCAGAGAAGACUAUAAAGAAAGAUGAUGAGGAAGAUACUUCUGAAGAAAAUGAUCUCCUUGCCAUGGUAAAGAAAGAGAGACAAAAAUACAAAUCCCGAAAACGGUUGCUUGAGAAAAAAGAAGACCGUGAGGCAAACACAAUGGCUCUGCUAGCCAAAUUUCAGAACCGGCUGACAAAUAUUCGGACAGUGGCUGGAGACUAUGAUGAUGAUGAAGAGGACAAAGACCGAGAAGAGGAAGAAGACUUCAGUGACAUGUCAUGGAUGCGUCAUCGAUUACACUUUGAAGAGGAAGCGCAGAAGACAAAGGUGAUUGAUGCAAAUGUGCCAGACAGUGACAGAUAUGAACUGAGUGACCCACGAAAUCCAAUGACACAGCGUAGACGGGAAAAUAGCAAAAAAGCCAUGAGGUCAAAGCGAUGAACUUUUGAAAUGCUUCUGUUCUGAUCAGAGUUGAAAUGAUGCUGUCUGUGUCAACAUCUGCCUGAUUUAAGUGGCUCAUGACAUUAAACUCAUAUUUUAGAUGCAUUCCACUUGAAGUUUUACAAACUUAGUGGACACAUUAUCAUCUCACUACAUGUUUACAAUAGCCAUGCAUAUGUAUGAAUCAACAUGUUUAAAUCGUGUUUUUUUUCUCAAAAUGGUUUAAUUAAAGUCAUGAAAGCUGUA